CCCUGUGUGAAGCACGCGCGGGGGCAGAUGGGGCGGAUGGGGGUAGCCUCGGUCCUCUACGUGCCCAAUAGUAACCGGAACGCCUGGCGCUGAACACACAUGCAAACACCCACAGAGACAAACAUUACACUUAACUCAUUUACUACUCGGCGUAAACCGACAGACGACACGGACAGUAUGGCUGCAGUCUUACGUGGAUGAAAAAGAGCCAGUAAAACCUCUCAGCAAGACUUCGAGCUCUUCAAACCCCAAGAUGAAUCACUCGACCCAAUCACGCUCUGUAGUGGCCUUUCACACCGAGGACUCUCAUGGCCUGCGUUAAAAAUUUGCUUCUUAUUGGAUAUGUGCACCGGACAAUCUGACUAUCGGAGCCCCAGUGAUUAAGCACAGCGAUUGGACAACUGAAGUGCCAUGGCGAAGACAACAGAAAGCCUGAACCUUUCCUUUCUACAGGAACACGAGCGAGAAAUGAUCCUCAGUGUGCUGCAAAAAGACGAGAAACUCCGCAAACGAGAGGAGAAGCGCAUCAGAAAGCUGAAGAACGAGCUUUUGGAGCUGAAGCGUCGUGGUCGACGUGGUAACCCGGAGCAGCGGGAGUGUGGCGUGUGCCUGCGUGCUCUGGGUCUGAUCCUCCAGAGAGGCAGUGUGUGUUAUGAGUGUCACCGUCGUGUCUGCAGCUACUGCACAGCCAUGCCCUCGAAAAGCAGCAAUCCCAAGUGCAUUGUCUGUGCCAAAUCAGCGGAGCUGAAAGUAGUCACAGGCGAGUGGUUUUUAGAAGAACGUGCCAAGCGAUUUGAACGCAUGACAAUCCCUUACAGUGACGUCGUCAAACAGUCCAUCCUCACAAGUGUUCCAGAUGGACGUUCUGACCAGAAGAAGCUUUCCCCGUCAGGACUGGACCGGCCAGCAACGCCUCAGUCUGAGCGGUCAGCUUCGCCCCAGUCUGCCAAGAGUGUUGGCCGGUUCUUAGGCAAGAGGAAAGGGGCCAGACCAGUGGCUGUGGAGUCAUCGGGGUUACCGACAACACCGAAUAACCUGCGCUCACACCCAGGCCGAUCACCGUUACAGGCUGAAGGAAGAAAAAGGCCCGAUGGGGCUGAGAGUGUAUGCAGCGUCCACAGCAGUGACAGUAUUCCUGAAAAGAUCAGCACUGGAGGGAAACGAAAAGGCUCAGGCACACCCUCUAUCGCUGUGUCCAGAGCCUCUUUUUCAUCAGACCGCAGUCGCUCCGAGAUCGAUCUAAGUAAUCUUGGUGACGGGUUUAGUAGCGACUCCCUUCCUGGCCGCUGCCGCUCAGUUCCCGGGCUCAAUGAUGCCGACUCGGAUGAAGACAUUGAUGCCCUGAUGUCUGCUCAUUACAAAACCAGCCGCAGUGUCAGCAGCGCUCAAUCUGUGUCUUCUACUCCAGGCUCACAGCGAAAGUGGGGUUACCUUAACGUACCCGACUCGGAUGCUGAGACUAGCAGUCUGAACAGUAUUAUGAGCGUGUACAGUGAGAUGGGUGACUACGGCAAUGCGCGGGUUUCCGGAGAGAUCCUGCUGAACAUCUCCUACAGCUAUAAAACAGGAGCACUCAACGUUCUAGUGCGAGAGUGCCGCUGCCUAGCAACCGGAGACGACAGAAGACAGCGAACUGACCCUUAUGUCAAAACCUACCUCUUACCAGACAAGUCACGCCAGAGCAAACGAAAAACCAGCAUCAAAAGCAACACCACCGACCCAAUAUUCAACGAGAACCUGAGGUAUGUGGUGAGUCAUUCCCAGCUGGAGACACGCACUCUACAGGUUUCUGUGUGGCAUCAUGACCGCUUCGGACACAACACCUUCUUAGGAGAGACCGAGCUGACCUUUGACUCCUGGGAAUUUGACAAACAGAUAGAGGAUUGGUUCCCGUUACAGCCCAGACAGGCUGAGUGUGCUACAGAGUCCCUGAUGCAGUAUAAGGGUGAGCUGACUGUGGUGCUUAAGUACAUCCCUGCAGAGAGGAACCUUUCACUGCCACUGGACCAAAUACAAGUGAAAAGGGGAUUUCUGAAAGGGAAGAAGAGUAUCACUCUGCCAAAAGGAGGUAUGGUUGAGCUGCUGGUUAAAGAAGCCAAAAACCUAACAGCUGUCAAAUCAGGCUCCUCUGAUCCAUUUGUCAAAGGGUACCUGCUGCCUGAUGACAAAAAGAGUACAAAACACAAGACUGCAGUGGUGAAGCGUUCGGUGAACCCACGCUGGAAUCAUACUUUCACCUACUGUGGUUUGCAGCACAGUGACCUGGACAGCGUGUGUCUGGAGCUCACUGUCUGGGACAAAGAGCCACUCGCCAGCAACGUCUUCCUUGGAGGAGUGCGACUAGGAGCUGGGACGGGUCUGAGCUAUGGGAAGGAAGUGGACUGGAAUGACUCCCAUGGUGAGGAGCAGCGACUAUGGCAACGCAUGAUCGACAACCCAGAGGUUCCACAGGAGUGCACGCUAAUGCUGAGGUCCACAAUGGCCAAGAGAUUAACGUAGAGACAGAGGUGCAGACGGAUAGAUACGUGUCUCGCAAUAUUCAUCAAAAGCUACUGCUCCUUGUCACCUUAUAGAAAAGUGCACUUCGCAAACACAUAUAGAUGCUACAUAAUGAUACACACAGAAAUAUUGUCCUCGACAUUAGCCUUGAUCACUGCAUUUUGAGAGACAGACAAUUACAUACAUGACCUCUUGCUGUCUAUAUGAACACUCCAUCCUUCCUCACUGUGUCUCUUUACUGCACAAGCAUGCAUCGUAUAUGCACAAAUAUAUCACAACACACAACUUCUCCCAAGAACAUAGCUGUAAAUAAAACAAAUCCUAUCUUAAGCACAGACACAAAACUUGCUCACACACAUGGAGACAUAUUUCUGAAGGCACACACCAUUCUAUUCAAAGUGCACAGCAAUUAGAUAAACUAUAAACAGCAAAGCACGCUCACUGCCACUCUCAUAUAGAUAACAAAAAGACAAUUCUGCUUCGAUUGCAUAUUUUCUUGUGAGGAAUCUGUUUCCUGUGCUGUUGUAGCGAUGAGACCGAAAUCAAGCACACCUCAAUGGUUCAGUACAUGUCUCUCCAGUAGUGCAUGCUUGAAGCAGCGUUCAUUGAGCAUUAGAUGUGUGCUGCUCUACCUCAGGCUGUCUUCGUGUCCAGAGUAAUAGUGGGCGAUAUGACUAAAAUAUCAUAACACUGCAUUUAAAGACAUUUGUGUAAUACAUGAUACAUAUCAAUAUAUAGAUUCGCUAACAAACUGCCAAAACACAAACAAAACAGUAAAACUUGGAUAAAAAUGGAUAAAUGAUACUAUUCUUUAAUGUCUAUACGUGAAAACAAGUGUCGUUUGCUCGUUCUUCCCGUCCAGAUAAGUGUUUUUUUAGGUUCACCGGUGUCCAUUUACUUCCUAAAUACAUGGCAGUAACUAAAUCGGCUAUAUUGCUCUGAGGUGAGAAUGAGUGUGUGAGUGUGUGUGGAUGGUACCUUGAUGGUCUGGGACCCAGUUCAGAGCGUCUUUUUGCCUUGUGCCCAAUGUUCCCAGAUGGAACAGAAUAAAACAUAUACAGAGGAUGAAAGGAUUAAAAUGAGAAAUGAUUUAAUUCUGUAAAAGUUAUGGCACCAACCCAAAAGCUUCCAGUCGGUUUAGGAUCGUUAUAUAAAAUGGUGUAAAUGUUAGAAAAAGAAUUGUUAUGGCUGAUUGGUGUAUAAAGUUGCCACGCUGCCCAGGCCAAGUCCAGAGGUAUCCAGCCAGGAUGAUUUAUGUCAAUAUUUAAAAAUCUGAGUGAAUGAAUGAAUGAAUUAUGUGGACACUCCUGUGUAAGAUUUUAGAGACAUUUGCACAAAGUACAAACGUACUUCGGUCAAGUCAGGUAGAUCAUUAUCAAACUGUUAAUAUAAGCAUAUAAUGUGAUGAAAUACUGUGCCUUGAAAAUCAUACAAGACUCUACACAACCUGCACCUACAUUAAGUAAAAAUAAUAAGACAAAGGUAAGACAAAAUCAUUGUGAGAUUGUAGAAUUACAGCAAAAUGUGCAGUAAAAUACUACAACGUCACAGAAUGGUGCAGGUAAUGACAUUGUACACACAAACCAAAUGCACAGAACAGCAGGAGGGUGAACUAAAUGGCACACUCUCAAUGGUUGUGAAAAAUGUGCGAUAACAUGAGAAACCAACAUACACAGCAGAAUGCACAGGUACAGAAGGAUCAAUCUGCUACUGAAGAUCUUGCAGAAUUUAGUUAGAGCUCCGCUACUUGGGAUCGCUGGUUCACUAGCCAUUAUUAUCAAAAUUAUUUAUUAUUGUUCUUCAUAGUUUUUACCCAUUUGACUGGCCACUUCAAUAACAGUAAAAUAAUAAUAAUAAAUUAAUAAUUUCAUCAUAGACCUAAUGUGUUUAAUCAGUAGAAUGCUUAGGAGUAAAAAGUUACGAGGUUCCAAUAAAUGAACAAAAUAUUAUGGCAUAUUUUUAACAAUUAGUUAAAUCAUGCUUGUAAAGGUUCUCUGAGUUUUCCACCUUAAAAGGUCCCUGGCUGUAAAAUGUUUGAGAAUGCCUGCUUUAGAUAAUCAGUCAUUAGAUCACCUUGAUACUGGAACAGCUCUGUUGGGUUAAAGUAUCUAAAGUAACUUCUGUAGAAAGUUUCCAGAAAGAUAGAUGGUGAUCUGCUAGUUCUUCUAGAUUAUAUAGAAAAAUCGAGUCAUGUUUUAUUUUAUUUUCAUGUUGUUGUUUUUUUAAAUAUAAAGGCUGGUGACGAAGCACUGACCUUUGGAUCCUAAGAACAGUUUCCAUGUUGGAGAUUUGACUGAGGUUAAAGAAGAUAUGAUGAACAAGCUGCCAUUUAUAUCGUUAGUUCUUCAUUCCUGUAUGUAGCGGUGAGCCUUAUAAACAAGAUAAGACAUCACUUCUAAAUAAACACUGGUGUCACAUUUGCCUGCUUAGUGUUUAUAAGACAUCCUGAGUAGCAAGAUAUGACUUCUAUGUGUUAAAUGUUAAGUCGGUGUGUUUGUUGCCUGACUGUAAAGCAUGUUCAGUGUGUAUGUCUGCAUUGUCAGCUCUGAGCAGGAAGAUUGCUCAGGGAUCUGCUAACAGAGCUUGUUUAUGCAUCUUUAGAUACCCUUAGGCAGUAAACAAUAAACUAUAUUAACCUCA